AUGAAUAAAGGCGUUGUUUUGGUGAUGGCCAUAUUCAGUGGAACAAGUGGCCAAAGGCAGUUUUAUAAUUGUUAUCUGUCGGGUGAUGCCACUGGCCAUUCUAGCUGGUGCGGUGACAAUGUCAAAGACGAAGUAGACAUAACUGAUCCACAAGCUGUUAUGGAAGGUGCCAUGAAAUUCGCGGAAAAACAAAAUAAACUGCUUUGGGAUCCUAUGACAUGGACUGUAACGCCGAUGUCACCAGCACCGUCACCCCCUAUGCCAGCGGGAGAAAUACCGCUUUCUUUCGCUCCAUUGUUCCCAUCGCCUGCCCUGUCACAUCCGAACGGCACUGUGGAAGAACGUACCGUAUCUGCAUUCAGUCCAAUAUCACCAGGUCAACUUGUAAGUUCAGGCUCAUUUCCAGGCGUAGUAGCAUCGUCAGCACCCGGCCCCUUAUUUUCCGCACCAGUUGUCCUUAACACAAACCAAAUUUUAGCCCCAUCACCGAUAAUUCUGAAAGGAUUACAAAAAACGCCGUCAUUUGCAGUAAGGAAUGCAAAAGAUGAUAGCAUGCAGACACCGUCAGCAUCACCGUUGGCGCCUCUUUCUGUUCAGAAAAUUCAGCUCACACCAGACAUAUCCAGUACGUUAUCAGAAGGUUCAAACAUACAUCAUGGUGAUUUAGCUGCAGUCGCAGUAACAAAACUUCCUGUUACUGAUCAAAAUUUGCUGCCAGUUUUUGGAAACAGUCGACUAGCUAUACCAAAAACUUCAAGAGGCGCUGCAGUUCAGCAAGCUACGAACCAUACGCAAAAAUUAACCAUGACGACAGGCAGAAGAGCUUACAAGAUUAACAGAUUCUCCAGAUUUCCUAAAUUAUUCGGAAAAAUUUUGCCAACUUCCAUUUUUAAAAGCAGAAAUGCGACAACCGAACUGCUCAGCGACUUGAAGAAGCGAAAUCACUUUUACGGUAGAAUGCUGUUACCAGCAUCGCAUUCCGAGAAACCUGUGGAAAAUUCUGUUAACAUUACUGUUCGACGGUUUUUGACACCAACGCGACUCACGCUGAAUCGCUCACCGGCAGCCUUCACAUCCCGUGAAGGGCCCAACGAAACGGACGAACACAAACAGCAGCUUGCCAGCAGUGGAAUGAAGGCUCAAAAGUGA